AAUCUGAAUCAUUUAAGAUCUGUGUUUGUGAAAACCUAAUCGGAGAAGAUGACUGAUGAACAUAAACACGACGAAUCUGUAACCGCCUCGGAGCCAGCUGUCGAGGUUGUUGAGAGAGAAUCUUUGAUGGAUAAAAUCUCAGAGAAGAUCCACCACGGUGGCGACUCUUCCUCCUCGUCAUCUGACGAUGACGACGACAAGAAGAAGUCUUCGGACUCAAUGAAAUCGAAAGUCUACCGCUUGUUCGGUAGAGAGAAGCCUGUUCACAAGGUUCUCGGCGGUGGAAAACCGGCGGAUAUAUUCAUGUGGAAGGACAAGAAGAUGUCUGGAGGUGUACUCGGUGGAGCUACAGUUGCUUGGGUUCUGUUUGAGUUGAUGGAGUAUCAUCUUUUGACUCUUGUCUGCCACGUCAUGAUUGUUGUGCUCGCUGUCUUGUUUCUUUGGUCUAAUGCUACUAUGUUUAUUAAUAAGUCGGUACCGAAGAUUCCUGAAGUUCAUAUCCCUGAAGAGCCUAUUCUUCAGCUUGCGUCUGGGCUUAGGAUUGAGAUUAAUCGUGGGUUUUCUUCUCUUCGUGAGAUUGCUUCUGGAAGGGAUCUCAAGAAGUUUGUUACGGCUAUUGCUGGCUUGUGGGUUCUGUCGAUCUUUGGUGGCUGGUUCAACUUCUUGACAUUGGCAUACAUAGCUCUUGUGUUGCUCUUCACGGUUCCUCUUGUCUACGACAAGUAUGAAGACAAAGUUGACCCGUUGGGUGAGAAGGCAAUGAUUGAGAUCAAGAAGCAGUAUGCAGUGUUGGACGAGAAGGUGUUGAGCAAGAUCCCAUUGGGACCGUUGAAGAACAAGAAGAGAGAUUAGGUUCUUACGAAAAUGGUAAUGGUAAUUCGUCGAUAGCAAACAAAAAAAAAAAAACCACGGUGUUGUGAAAUGGUGUUAGAUCUUUUAAUAUGUUUUUUGGUUUUUGUCAUUGUUGGUGAAACGUGGCGGGGAUAUAUUUAGUGUUGGUAUCUGGCUCUCUCUAUGUAUAACUAAGAAUUUCAAGAUAUUUGAAUUUUCAACUUUGCAGUCUUGUGUUUUAAGAUUGUUAAUUUUGUUUGACGCAAGUCAAAGUUGUUGUCUCUGAAUGUUGAUCGGUAACUUCUGUGGCGUUAAGAAAGAUUUGGUAGAGG